CGAUCAGCUGAUCGUCGUGACAGUUGUUUGAUUUAUGCGAGAAGAAAACUGAAUAAUUUUGUCGUUUUUAUGCUAUUUAACAUCUUUUUGAAAAAAAAAUUAAAAAGAAGAAGCGAUAUACAAAAAUAAAAAAGUGCGUUCCGGAAAGAUGGAUAUUCAUCAUAACAGAAAAAUAUUGUAAUGGUGAAUAGUAACUGAUGCUAUUACAUUAACAUGCUUUGUUACGUAUAGAAAGCAAUUUUUUCAUGUUAAGAUGUCAAAUUAAUAUUCUGCAAUACUCAAGAGUGUAAAAGUGCGGUUUUGUUUAUACAAGUAAAAAUAAUGGCUGCGAAGGUUUAUCAAUCUGAUCAAGAGCUGGAAACAAGAGUUAAGAAAGCGACUGAACGUAUAUCGGAAAACAUGCAUAUUGUUGCAAAUGAGCCAUCGCUUGCUUUCUACAGACUGCAGGAGCAUGUGAGGAAAGCAUUGCCGCCAAUGGUGGAGAAACGUGUAGAAGUGUUGGCGCUGCAGCAACAAUUGUUGGGAAGAUGCUACGAUGUAGAGUAUGCAGUCAGCGCUAUCAAAACUAUGCAAGGAGCUGAGAAGAGCUUUGAAAACACUUUGGAAUUCAUCAAGAAUGCCAUAUUUUUCAAGCAGCAAUUGAAGUAUGAAGAGCAAAGACGUCACAAGAAAGAUGGCAACAAAGAUUCUGUCUACAAAAGAUUAUCUGCGCACAUCCCCACGUUGGAUCAUUUGCCUGAUGAGAUAUCCGAUGUCGUGCGAGAAACGGCAAAUCGCGUGGAGUCGAUGAUGAAUCAUGCCAGACAUUCGAGCGACGUGCAGAAGUCGGCUACAUAAUUAGAGGAAUACUGUAAUAUUUCCUUUUCUGUGAUAUAUAUGACCGUUGAGUAACAAGUUUUGUACAUAAAUAGUAAUAAUGAUAAUGGUAUAAUGAUGCAAUGCUGUUCAUAAUAUAAUACAUUGUAAUAUAAAUAUUAA